AGUGUGCUUAACCAUGCGUAACCUAUAACCCGCGUGCUACUUUUCUAUAAAUUUAAUGUUUAUUCUUUGUGUUGAAACAAUUUUCGUUAAUUUUUAAACAAUAGACAAUCGAAUUCAAAGCGACCUGUUAAAUGGAAUAGAAUUUAAUGUUGAUGCUGAACGAACAGCACGAGUUAAGAGAUUCUAUGCCCAAAAGUUGUGAUUUUCUUGUGGAAUUACUCAAGAUUUUUACUUCACAUUGGUGCUUUAAAAAGAAAAAGAUUAUGCGGAAAAGAUAAAUGUUUUGAAAGAACGUGUGGACAUAAAACCCGUUAAUGUUGUACACUAGAAAAAUUGAAAUUCAGAAGCUCAAGUUGAUUUGGAAUUUACCGACGAAAUGACGGAACAAGUUGAACAGCAACAACAACAAAAUGGUUCGAGAAAGUCAACAGAAAAAAGGGACGAAGAAAUAACAACCUAUUCAGAUGGAAAAAAUGUGUACCACAUAAACGACACUGUUUAUAUUGAAAGCCAGCGUCCUGAUAUGCCCUAUUAUAUUUGUUCAAUAAGAGAUUUUAAAAGGAGCAAGAAAGAUAAUAUUACGGUAGAUGUAAUAUGGUUUUAUCGUCCCUGCGAAAUACCAACUUCAGUUUACCAGUUACUUUUACAAGACAGAAGUGCAGAAAAUGGUUCAAAUGAUAAUAUUUUGGAUAACCCUGUUGUAAAAAGCAGAGAGCUCUUUAUAUCAGAUGCCAUUGAUGUAUAUCCAGCUUCUGCACUCAGGGGACAUGUUAAUUGUCGUGCUUUCUCAGAUGUGAAGGAAAAUGUAUUGAGCUACAUAUCCGAAGAAGAUAAUUGGUUUUAUAUACUUCGUUACAAUCCUGAGUCUAGAAGAAUGGCUAAUGCAAAAGGCGAGAUUAGAAUAGGAGUCAGUCAUCAGGCUUGCCUUCCUGAAUGCAUUCCUCUUUCCAAAAGAAAAAAAAGUGACUUGAAAGAACUUUACGAUACAUACAAAGAGGAACUGGUUUGGGAUCCCUCCAUACCAAAAUCAAAAUUAAUGGUUUACUUGCGGGCGGCUCGUAGCAUCACGUCAUUUAAUGGUUUCUGCAAUGACCAAGACGCUUGUCCUGAGAAAAACAGUACAGUGUCGGAAGAUCAGACUAUUGCUUAUUCGUAUGACACCUUGCAUAAAAAUAGAUACAAUAUCUCCGAAGCUCUGCAGGAAUUAAUUCGCGCCCCAUCACCAAAAGUCACAACUUUACCCAUGACAGAUGACGAAAGGAAAAAGUUUAUGCGAGGUCUUAGAUCAUACGGAAAGACGUUCCACAAGAUUCGAAAGGAGUUACUACCUGAUAGAACAACGAGCGAGCUAGUGCAGUAUUAUUACAUAUGGAAGAAAACCGCCUCAGCCAUAACUUCUCGUCCACAUAAACGAGGAGGUCGAAGAAACCAUGUCCAAUCAAGAAAAACAAGGACAACUAAACCGAAAACAGCGGAAGCGUCAGAAUUUUUGGACUUGAGUUCUUGCAGUGAAAACGAAUGUAUGGAUAGUGAUGAAAGUGAGAAUGCAAGAAACUUUAGUUUGUAUGCUUGCAGACAUUGUUACACGACAGAAUCUCCCAAUUGGCAUCAUGCUGGUAAACCCAAGGUUUUGUUAUGUUAUUCCUGCCGCAUGCAUUUUAAGAGGUAUGGUCAUAUGAGAGCGUUGAAGCAAGAAGACAAAAGGGAACCACCUUCUUUCAUCUACAAAGCGGCUUUUGAAAAUCUUGAUGAAGAUGUUAACAAGAGGCGCAUGCGCACAAGACGAUCGUCAACUCCAGUGUUUGCAAAUUCUACAAGAAGCCGACAAAAUGCUGAAGUUAAAAUUAGUUCACGAAAACAAGUCACCCCACAAAACUGUCGCGAUAAUUCGUCAGAAAAAGACGAUGCCGAAACAAAGACGAAUGGUUCCAAACGUAAAAACAGCAGAGAUAGUGACGAUAAUCAAGAUUCUAAAAAGUCGCGUAUACAGCGCAAGGAGUCGGACGAGGAUGCAGAUGAUGAAUCUGAAGGAGACAGCACCGAAAGUAGCAGUCGACCAGACAGUAACAACCAAGCUUCCACGGAAAGCUCUAGGUCUCAUUCUCCACUUCCUCAUCAACAGCAACAAAACAAUGGGAGUGAUAUUCAAAAUGUACAAGAUGCAAACACCCAAAAUACAUUCGUUCCUAUUAAAACUGAAGAGCUCGAUCCGCCAAUGGAAGCAUAUAAAGAAGCUUCUCCACCCUCUUCCCCAGAUGUCCCCGAUGAUAUCGAACUGAACAAAAAGGUGAUAGAGAGAUUUAAACACAAUGAAACAGAAGCGGACAGUUCAUGCUCAAGGUGCGAGCGAAUAUAUGUGCACAAGCGACCGAAGAAACAACGCAACCCUGACGUAGAGGCAAAGAGACGCGAUGAGUACCGCGAACGUGAAAUAAAUAGACGAAGAGAAGCUUCUCCUACACCCCAUCAGCCAGCACAAAUUACUUCCCACUACGAAACCAUGCGAUGUUUAAUUCAAGCUCAGCAGAAUUCGCAUCGAUUUUGGAACAGCAAUUUCCAUGUUCCUCCAGAAGUACAUGGUCAUCGCUCCAUUAGCCCAAGGGAUCCUAGGGAAUUUAUGGAGCAUUCCAAUAAAUUUGAACACAUGUUUAAGACAAUGGAUCGCCCGACAGACCAUCGGUCACCUCACGCCAUCCACCCGUUACAAGGAGCUCAACCACAUCCUGCGCACCCAUUCACUCAGAGGCCAGCAGAUACUCCUCGAGAUUAUAGAAUACCUCCAAAUGGGCGUGGUUAUAUAUCAAGUCAUGUUCCAACUAUUGAAGGAAUCCCCCGCGUGUCUAGUGUUCCAACUAGUUUAGAUGGUUUAUCUCGUGCACCUAGUGUUCCCGCUGGUUUAGAUGGUCUAUCUCGUGUACCUAGCAUUCCAGCAAAUAUGGAAGGCAUGGGGGUGGAUAGAGUGCCGGCAAUCGAGAGACCGACUAUUGAUCCGGUGACUGGCUUGCCACAUUUUCAACCUCAGUUACACUCUCAUUUGCAUACCCAUACACACCUACAUGUGCACCCAGAUGAAAUCAAAUACAGAGGAGGACAACCCCCUUCUGAAUCUGCUCUAUUUGAGCGUCACGAACGUGCACCACCGCACCCAGUGCGCCAACCUUCACCUACUGCUGUACCCCAUCGACCACGUUCUCGCAGCAGGGAAUAUAACGAGUUAAAGCAAUACUCUGAUAUAGUUAUGCAUCACGAUCCUCAUUUUCGGGAGUCUUUAUCUCGACACCACAUUCCUUCGUCAAGGGAAAGUCAUUUACCAAUACGAGAAGAAGCUAUUAGUCCAAGUAUACCACACGAGCCUUCAAGUGUGCCGACUGAUCCAGUUGCAUAUUACUUUUGGUUAAAGCAGCGCCACCCUUCACAACAUGGUCGAAUGAAUGCACAUACUGGACAGAUACAUGCCCAAGCCCCAGAACUGAGUCCCCAUGGUAUGCCACAACCAUCAAGACAUCCUCACGAACUGAGAAGUGAGCAUGAAAAACAUAUAAACGAGAAGCUGCUACUCGUUCAUUCUGAGCGUGAAAAGCAAGCACACCUUGAACAUAUGAGACUUAUUGAACAUGAAAAACAUUUUCGUCACUUGCAUCAAGCGCGCGAGAUUUCAUCGCGUGAAUUGCCACCGCGCGAAUUGCCACCACGUGAAUUGCCACCGCGUGAUCAUAUAGAAUCAUUAAAGAUGAAAGGAGGAGAACAUGUCUCAGCAAUAGAUCGUCCCCCCAUGUCCUUUAGACCUCCUGAUAUACAUUCUCCUUACGCUAGCCAUUUUAUGGAUACCAUGCGUAGAGUGCACGAACCUCGACCUAUCCACAAUCGAAACUUGCACGAUCCUGUUCGCUACAGUCAUGAACGUGCUGAACGAGAACGAAUAGCGCACAUGGAACGUAUCGCGCACGCGGAAAGAUUUCCAGAUCGUGGACGCCACGAACGACCAAGUAUUUUUGGUCAUUUUAAACCUGAAACCAUUGAUCUUUCAGAUGAUUAAUAAACUUUUUAUAUAUAUGUAGGUAGCCGAUUUUCUAAUUUUUGUGCGUUUUAAGUACAUUCUUUUUUAGUUAUUUUUUCUCAACCUCCGUUGUUUGUACAAUUAGUUUAAUUAGCGUAAGAUUUAAAAUAUCGAUAAGGAUUAAUCUGCGCUUCCCUUUCUUGUUUCGUUUAAACCAUUAAUAUACGUUUAAUCUAAUCCAAGGUAAACCUAGCAGAUGUUUGGUGAACGAAAAAGAUAUCUUUUUUUUGUAAAUUUG